GAGGCGUGGCCCGGGCGAGAGUUGCUGCCGCUGGCUGCCUGUUCGCGGAGCUGGGCGGAGGGUGGCAGUGCCGCAUGUGCCAGUUGGGAGGCUGGCGAAGGCAGGCGGAGGAGGCGGCGGAGGAGGAGGAGGAGGAAGAACCGCCCCCCGCUCUCCCGGGGCGUGUAAGGUGAGACAGCAAUGGAGGCAGCUGAGUCUGUGAUUGUCGACUCUAAAGGAGACCAACGGUGCAACACUAGGCCAGAUGCAGACUAUCCUCUCCGAGUUCUCUACUGUGGAGUCUGUUCAUUGCCAACAGAGUACUGCGAAUACAUGCCCGAUGUGUCAAAAUGCAGACAAUGGCUAGAGAAGAAUUUUCCAAAUGAGUUUGCAAAGCUUACUGUAGAAAAAUCUCCUAAACAAGAAUCUGGGGUUGGAGAAGGUCAAGGAACAACUGGCGAAGAAGAAGAAAAGAAAAAGCAAAAGAGAGGAGGAAGAGGUCAGAUAAAACAGAAGAAGAAGACUGUCCCUCAAAAAGUGACAAUAGCAAAAAUCCCUAGAGCAAAGAAGAAAUACGUCACAAGGGUGUGCGGUCUUGCAACAUUUGAAAUAGACCUUAAGGAAGCACAACGAUUCUUUGCUCAGAAGUUCUCUUGUGGUGCUUCAGUAACAGGAGAGGAUGAAAUAAUAAUUCAGGGGGACUUUACCGACGACAUCAUUGACGUAAUCCAGGAAAAGUGGACUGAGGUCGAUGAUGAUAGCAUUGAAGAUCUGGGAGAAGUCAAGAAGUGAAAAAAAGAUUU